AUGAAAACAUAUUGUCGACAUGAAGUGAAUAAUCAAUCAUCAUUAAAUGAUGAGAUUAAAAAAGAAAAUGUUGGAUAUACUCAUAUUGUUGAUUCAUAUGUUGCACCGGAAAAACAUUUCGAACCGUGGAAUUUGUCAGAUCCGCCAAAAAAUCGAAAUAUUUUUCAAAAUAUUGAACAAUCGAAAACAUCAAAUUUUCUUCGUAAUUAUGGAUGGGAUGAAAUUGAACAAAAUGAAGACGAAACAAAAAGAUUACGUCAAUUAGUAUCUAUUUGGGAUGCUGAACGAAUAGCUAUAUUAAAACUUCAAUAUGAUCUAGAUAAGAAUAUUUUUAAACGUACAUUUGAUUAUGUUAAACGCAUAGGUCAAAGUAUUAGAUUAGGUCUUUGGCUAUGGGUUCAUCGUCCAGUUAAUUGUUCGAAUAUUUCUAAUCUAAAUCAAUAUGAACAACAACAAUCUCUAUUUUCUAAUAUGAAUAUUCAUAAGUCACAAAAUUUCGCCUGUUCACAAUCAUCAAGUUAUUCAACAUCAGAAAAUAUUGAUAAUCAAGAAAAACAAGAAUUUCCUAUACCAUCGUUCGAUAUUUUAGCCGAUUCACUUUGGUAUCAACGUUUUGUUUUGAAUGAGUCGCAAGAACAUUUACCUCCAAUAGCUAGAGCUAUGAAGAAUAUGCUUGAUAAUAACACAUUUGUUUGGAAUUCUGAAACUCAAGAAGAAAAUGCUUGGCCACAUUUUAUUAAUCAGUACAGAGUAACACAAAAUAAAGCAUUCCUUCGUAAUCUAUAUGAAAACGAUGGAUUUCAAUCAUCUUCCUCUCAAAAGUCGUCAUCACCAUUCAAAUAUGCGACAAAUGAAAGAGAUGUGACAGAUAUUGAUACAAGAUAUAAAAACAAAGUAGAUCGACAUUCACCUAAAGAAACGAAUAUUUCAAUAGAACAGAAUAUGGCUAAUAUUUCACCAUCAACAGACAGUCAAUAUUUUUUAAAACCACCUGAUUUCUCAUUGAAGAAAAACAAAAAUUCAACUAGAAAACAGAAGCAACAAUUAGAGAAAAAACGUUAG